AUGAAUGCCUCACCUCCUAAAGAGAAGAACGCGGCCAAUGUCCUCGAACGCGAGGUACCCUACAAGGGUGAAGACUUGGACGAAGCGGCGCUCAACGAUGAUGCGGCUUUGGCCGUAUUGGGGUAUCGGCAGGAGUUCAAACGAGGAUUCAGUCCUAUGGAGAUUUUUGGUCUGAGUUUCAGCAUUAUCGGCCUAUUUCCAUCUAUCGCCUCUGUCUUAGUAUUCGCAAUACCGUACGGCGGGCCCGUCGCCCUGGUUUGGGGAUGGGCGACCUGUUCCUUUUUCCUUGUCCUCAUCGCCUUGGCCCUUGCGGAGCUGGCUUCAGCAGCACCAACCUCCGGAGGGUUAUACUACUGGACGUGGGCGUUCGCAAGCCCGCGGUGGAGGAACAUUCUAGCAUGGAUAGUGGGAUGCGAGUAUGCUGACACGAGCAGCCUCCGCUUGACAUUGAUUUACUCCAACUCGAUGGGCUUAAUCGCUGGAGUGGCAUCCAUUGACUGGGGGUGCGCGGUGCAACUGAUGGCAGCCGUCUCUAUUGGCAGCAACGAAACCUUCGUGCCAACGACAGCGCAAACAUAUGGAGUAUUUGUCGCAGUUCUCCUAUGUCAUGCUGUAGUGGGGUCGCUUGCCACACAUGUGAUUGCACGUUUACAAAACCUCUAUACGGCGGUGAACAUCCUCCUCUGCCUCGCCAUAAUCAUCGCGUUGCCUGCGGCGACCCCAAAGGAAUUCAGGAAUCCGCCCUCCUUCGCAUUCAGCGGAUUCAUAAACUUAUACGGGUGGCCGAAUGGCUUCGCUUUCGUACUGAGCUUCCUCGCCCCGCUGUGGACAAUCGGUGGUUUCGACGGUCCUGUGCACGUCAGCGAGGAAGCAUCCAACGCCCGAACGGCCGUACCAUGGGCAAUCAUCAGUGCAGUUGUCGUUUCAAGCGUUCUAGGAUGGAUCAUCAACAUCGUACUCUCUCUAUGCAUGGGUACGGACAUGGAGGCCAUCAUGACGAACCCUAUAGGUCAGCCCAUGGCGACGAUCAUCUUCAAUAGCCUAGGACGGAACGGUACUCUAGCUGUUUGGUCAAUUGUUGUGAUUGUACAAUUCCUCAUGGGGUCCAGCAGCCUCGUCGCUGCCUCGAGGCAGAUGUUCGCCUUCGCUCGUGACAAGGCCAUUCCUUUCUCCGGACGCAUCUCUCACGUCAACGACCGCACCCGAACUCCUGUGACAGCCGUUUGGGCAUCCGCCUUCGUAGCGCUUGUCAUCGGUCUCAUUGGGUUCGCAGGACCCAUCGGAAGCUCUGCUAUCUUCGGCCUCUCAAUCGCAGGCCAGUAUACGGCAUUCAGCAUCCCCGUCAUGUGCCGCUUCCUGGGAGGCAGGGAAUGGAAGCCUGGACCAUUUACGCUCGGCCGCGCCGGAGUGCCUGUCGGGAUCGUCGCAGUGGCGUGGAUGAUCUUCGCAAUUGUUAUCUUUGCCUUCCCCUCUGCACCCGGCCCGGACGCUGAAGGGAUGAACUACAUGCCGGUCGUCUAUGGGGCUUGGAUAGGCUUCUGCCUGUUGUACUACUAUAUGCCCGUAUACGGUGGUGUGUAUUGGUUCAAUGGGCCCCGAACCACCAUUCACGCCAAUCGAACCGCGCACACGUACACUUCGCGCUCGGAUGAGGACGCGAUCCCCGAUACUUCGAACAGCGUCGAUCGCCCGAGCGAGAAAGGAUCCGCCGCAUCUGCGCUAUCACAAGCGCAUACCUAA